AUGACAGCUGCAGUUGUAGAGGAUCUAACACCGGACAUGCUCGCGGCGCGCGAACGCCUCAGAGCACGUAUGGGUGUAUCCGGUACCCAGACUGGUGGCAAGGGAACCGCAAGGAGGAAGAUGAAAAAAACUAGCAAAGUUGUAGGAGAUGAAAAACGACUACAGUUUGGACUUAGGUCUAUUGGAGCUGCGAACAUUCCGGGAAUUGAAGAGGUACAGAUGAUCAAAAACACCGGCCACGUACUCAUUUUCAACAACCCUAAAGUGCAGGCCGCGCCUAACGCUAACACAUACGUCAUAUCGGGUAUCGAGGAGGAACGUGAAAUCUCACUACCAGAGAUCAUACAGCAGCUCUCAGCCGCGGGAAUUAACCUACCUCACCCACCUAACUCAGAGGAACACGAAUGUGACAUCCCACAGCUCGUAGAAGUUUUCGAUGACGCAACUCGCGCGGACAACAGGGCUGAGGCUAAGAUAGUCGAAGCGGAAUAA